UCUUGUUUUUUUAUUAUUAUUUUUGAGAGUUCGUGAAGUUUAUUCAAAGGCCUGUGAGUCUCUGACACCCUGUGUGAGGAUUGUCGGUUCAGUAUCCAAUAUCUACUACUUUAGUACUUUGAUCUUGCUUAGCGGGAAAAUCUAUUACUGCAAAAUAAAUAAUAAAAGAAAGAAAAUCCCUUCAGUCUUCUUGUAGUGAAGUUAUUCAGCUGAGUGAAUCACUGAACUAUGCUAGCACAAUAUUUUGGAGGCUAAUUACGAAGGAGGAAAAACUGUGCCAACCAUGAAGUUCAUGAAACUAGGUUCUCGUCCUGAUACUUUCUACACUUCAGAAGCAGUUAGGUCAGUUUCCUCUGAAGUUUCCAGUGACCUCAUAAUUCAAGUUAAAGGAAGUAGAUAUCUUCUUCACAAGUUUCCAUUACUGUCCAAAUGUUUGCGGCUUCAAAAGCUAUGCUCAGAGUCCGUUGAUUCUUCAUCUCAGCACCAAAUAGUUCAGCUAGCCGAUUUCCCCGGCGGCGUUGAAGCAUUUGAGCUAUGUGCAAAGUUCUGCUAUGGAAUCACCAUAACUCUAAGCCCUUACAACAUUGUAGCCACAAGGUGCGCCUCCGAGUAUCUUCAGAUGACAGAGGAAGUUGAGAAAGGUAACUUGAUCCACAAGCUUGACAUCUUCUUCAACUCCUGCAUCCUCCGCGGAUGGAAGGACUCCAUCGUGGCGCUUCAGACCACAAAGGCUCUGUCAUUGUGGUCCGAAGAUUUGGGAAUUACUCGAAGAUGCAUCGAGGCGAUAGCCUCCAAGGUGUUGAGCCAUCCUGAAAAAGUGAGUAUCUCGAAUAGUCAUUCCAAAAGGAUUGUGAAGGAAGAUGAUUUUUCUUGCGCUUCUAGUAAGGGAUGGUGGGCUGAGGAUUUAGCUGAAUUGAGCAUAGACCUUUACUGGAGGACGAUGAUAGCGAUUAAAUCCGGCGGCGGUGAAAAGAUUCCGUCGAAUCUCAUCGGUGAUGCAUUGAAAGUCUAUGCAUCAAGAUGGUUGCCAAAUGUCACCAAGAGUUUUCAUUAUGUAAAGAAACAGACUAUGGUUUCAGACUCUGAUUCCGGCUCUAGCUCUGACUCAUCAAGCGAAUUAACCUCGAAGCACAGGCUCCUUUUGGAGGCAAUAGUGAGCUUGAUUCCGGCGGAGAAAGGAGCGGUUUCUUGUAGCUUUGUUUCGAAGCUAUUGAAGGCUUCGAAUAUUCUGAACGCUUCGUCUUCCUCCAAGAUUGAAUUAGCGAAAAGAGUAGCACUUCAGUUGGAAGAAGCAACGUCGAAUGAUCUAUUAAUACCUUCACUGUCCUACACAAAUGACACACUCUAUGAUGUUGAUUUGGUGAUUACAAUAUUGGAGCAGUUUAUGUCACAAGGGCAGAGUCCUUCGACUAGUCCUCCGAGGUCCCGGCUCUCCUUCGAACGGAGGCGGUCGCGUUCUGCCGAGAACAUUAACUGCGAGUUUCAAGAGAGUAGGAGGUCUUCUUCAGCAUCUCACAGCUCAAAACUUAAGGUUGCAAAGCUUGUUGAUAGGUACCUUCAGGAAGUUUCAAAGGAUGUGAAUGUUCCUUUAUCAAAAUUCAUUUCCCUUGCUGAAAUGAUUCCAGAUUUUGCAAGAACUGACCAUGAUGAUCUCUACAGAGCUAUUGACAUUUAUCUCAAGGCUCAUCCAGAACUCAACAAGAGCGAACGGAAGAGGAUAUGUCGAAUCCUCGACUGCAAGAAACUAUCCAUGGAAGCGUGCAUGCAUGCAGCACAGAAUGAACUACUCCCUCUAAGGGUUGUUGUCCAAGUUCUCUUCUUUGAGCAAGCCAGAGCAGCUGCAGCCGGCGGCUGCAGUGCCAAAGUCACCUCGGUCGACUUGCCGGGCAACAUCAAGGCCUUACUAGCAGCACAUGGAAUUGACCCUUCAAAUUCAAAGCAUGCAGCACCAACCUUAAGCUCUACCACAAGCAUUCACGGUGGUGAGGAUAAUUGGUGUGUUUCUGGCUUCAAGUCACCAAAAUCAAAGUCUUCAACAACUCUGAGGAUGAAGCUAGCUGAGGAUUAUGAAGAUGACUUGGAUGAAAAUGACUUGGCCAAUGAUGAUGAAAUUGGGAGAAACUCUAGAUUUAAGGCCAUUUGUGCUCUUCCUACUCAACCAAAAAGAAUGCUUAGUAAGUUCUGGUCUACCAAUAAAACAGCUACCUGAAAAUAAAAAGGGACACCAAUUAUGUGCAGCUGAAUUGAUAACUAUCUUAUGAUAUAAAAUACAAAGACGCUGAGAUGGAAAAUAAUUAGCAAAAAACUGUGGCCUAAAAUCAGUAUGUUUCUAUACCUAUUUUUUUCUUUUUUCUAAACAUAUUUGUAUCUCUUAAUAUUCCUGUCUUUUUAUCUUAGGAUAGUUCAUGAUGAAGUCUAUUAGUUUUUGGUUUGUAAUGGUAAUUUAGGUCUUAGAGGGUAACAUAUAUUCUGCUUUGUUAUUUCUGCAAAAGCCCUUGUAACUUCUAGGAGAAUUCAAGCAUCUAAAAAAAUGUGCAUUGUUGAUGUAACCAUGUAAUAAUAUUGAUAACAAUAACAAAAAGAUUUUUCUCAAUUAGGAGGGGGGGAAUCUCUUUGGGGCAAAA